AAGAAAGGGAGCAUAAUCAGCCCCACCACCACCAGUCCACCACUCUCUCUUCAAUGUAGCAGCCUUAUUUGGGUUUUGGGCAAGCUUAGUUAAGAAUCAUAUCCUCUUGAAUUAAGCAUUUUGGCAUCUUCAGCUAAAAAUGGAGAAUAGCUGCAUUCUAGCCUUUCUCAUCUUCAUUCUACAUUCAAGUACAACGAAAGCUGUCUUCAGUGUUGGUGGUGGUGUUGGUGUUGGUGUAGGUGUAGGUGUAGGCGUUGGUGUUGGUGUUGGCAAUGGAAAUGGGGGUGGCAAUGGUGGAAUGGUUUGGGUUGGAGGAGGGAUUAACAGCCCAGAGCCCCCUGGAUAUUCAGUGCCAAAGCCUGAAGGAGCUUACACAGCUCUCCAAGCUUGGAAAUCUGCAAUCACUGAGGACCCUCUUAAUGUUUUAGAAAGUUGGGUUGGUCCAAAUGUGUGUUCUUACAAAGGAGUCUUCUGUGCAAAUCCUCAAGAUGAAAUGGUUGCAUCAGCUUUCCCAGUUGUUGCAGGCAUAGAUCUCAACCAUGCAAAUCUGAAAGGAACUCUCGUCAAAGAGCUGUCUCUACUCAGUGAUUUGUCUCUUCUCCACCUCAACACGAACAGAUUCACGGGUUCUGUUCCUGAUACAUUCAGAGAGCUGGUGUUUCUGGAAGAGUUAGACCUCAGCAACAACCAACUUUCAGGUCCUUUCCCUUAUGCUACCUUGUACAUGCCAGGCCUCAUCUACUUAGACCUAAGAUUCAACUACUUCUCUGGGGCCCUUCCUGAGGAACUUUUCAGCAAGAAUCUGGAUGCAAUAUUUCUCAAUAACAACCAGUUUGAAGGUGAAAUUCCCCAAAACUUGGGUAGCUCCCCAGCCUCGGUGAUAAACCUGGCCAACAACAAGUUGAGUGGAAACAUCCCAGCAAGUUUGGGCUUCAUGGGUUCUAAAAUAAAGGAGAUUCUGUUCCUCAAUAACCAGUUAACUGGUUGCAUCCCUGAAGGAGUGGGGCUAUUCACAGAGAUGCAAGUUUUGGAUGUGAGCUUCAACUCACUUAUGGGUCAUUUGCCAGACACGCUGUCAUGCCUUCAAGACAUUGAAGUUCUGAACUUGGCUCAUAACAAGCUCUCUGGGGAGUUAUCAGACGUAGUGUGCUCUUUGAGAAGUCUUGCAAAUCUAACUGUUGCUUACAAUUUCUUUUCGGGGUUCAGCCAGCAAUGCUCAAGGCUUUUCUUUAGGAAUGUGGGUUUUGAUUUCUCCCUAAACUGCAUUCCUGGGAGAGACAUGCAGAGACCUCAACCUGAAUGCUCUGUCAUCCCAGGUGGUAGCCUUAGUUGUCUCAGAAUCCCCACACCAAGGCCUCUUGUUUGUGGUUCAAUGGCUGUAAGUAACUCUAAGCACAUUGAUCCUUGAUGGUAAUCGCAUUAUUAGUUACAUAACAGGUUGGUCAUAGCUGUUCCAUUAAUUACUGCUACCAAUCUUCAUUCACAUUCUGCUAAUUUACUUCUUAAAAGAUUCCUUGUGCAUAUUCGUAAUUAUACUUGUCGUGCACGGGUAUAUAUAUAUAUAUAUAUUCAUGCCUAUAUCUUAAUGGAAAUUUAUUUGGGAUGCUUCUAAUA